UUUUCUCCAUCAUUUCGGCGGAGGAUUAUAAAGACUUAGGCAAUCACUCGACGGAGGCCAUGGGUGAGACGGGCCUAUUUGCAAUUACACAGGCAAUGGUCAUGAUGAAGGGGCUGAUGGGACGGUACCUCAGCCAUGAGACGGCUUUGGAUCGCGUACGGGCCAAAGCAGAGCAGACGGAGGAAGAACUUCUUCAGUUGCGAAACUGGAAACCCAAGAUGGAGAAGAAGCUUGAACUUUCAGAGAAGGCAAGGAAGAGCCUUGAACAGGUGACGGAGGAGGCAAAGAAGGCUCUAGAGAGCAAGGACAAGGAGAUAGUAGAGCUAAAAAAUGAAGUCCGUCAGGCUAAGGAUGUUGCGGUUCGUGAAUACCGUGACUCCGACGCCCUAAUUACUGAGCUGGGCGAUUCUUUCCAUCAGGGCUUCAUGGAUGCCCUCCGUCAGGUCAAACAAGCUUAUCCAGACUUGGACAUUUCGAAGUUCAAAGUUAAAGACCCAGUUCAAUCAUCCGUCGUGCCUGCUGCCUCAUAGGAUACAGAUGACCUCUUUGCUGAUGACAAUGCCCUUGGUGACGGAGAGUCGGCACCAGCAAAAGUUGAUCAAGCUAAGCCUAACAUGGAAGUGAUUCCUCAGUCCGUCGACAAUGCAGACAAAGCUCAGUAGAUGGAUUUUUUU